AUGACCAAGUCUCCUCAAAAUAUCGGUAUCAAAGGUAUCGAAGUAUACAUCCCAGGUCAAGCUGUCAAUCAAGCAGAAUUGGAAAAAUUCGAUGGCAUUCCUCAAGGUAAAUACACCAUUGGAUUGGGACAAACCAACAUGGCAUUUGUCAACGACACUGAAGACAUCUACUCUAUCAGUUUAACAGUAUUGUCCAAAUUGCUUUCUCACUACUCCAUCAACACUGACCAUAUCGGUAGAUUAGAAGUUGGUACUGAAACAUUAUUGGAUAAAUCCAAAUCUGUCAAAUCGGUAUUGAUGCAGUUAUUUGGCGACAAUUCCGAUAUUGAAGGUGUUGAUACGGUGAAUGCGUGCUAUGGGGGUACUUCAGCUGUGAUUAAUGCUGUCAAUUGGAUUGAAAGUUCAAGUUGGGAUGGAAGAGACGCCAUUGUUGUUGCUGGUGACAUUGCUAUUUACGAUAAAGGAGCAGCCAGACCAACUGGUGGUGUCGGAGCCGUUGCGUUGUGGAUUGGUCCUGAUGCACCUAUUGUCUUUGAUUCCAUUAGAGGGUCAUUUAUGGAACACGCUUAUGACUUUUACAAGCCUGAUUUCACUAGUGAAUACCCAACUGUUGAUGGUCAUUUCUCAUUGAGCUGUUAUGUUAAAGCUAUUGAUAACUGUUACAAGAAUUACUCACGCAAGUUAACUGGUGAUAAAAACAAGACGGUUGGCCUCUAUGACCACUUUGAUUACAAUGCAUUCCAUGUCCCCACUUGUAAAUUAGUCACAAAGAGUUAUGCCAGGUUAUUGUAUAAUGACUACAAGUCAACCCCAGAAAAGUUUACUGAUUUAAUUGAUGAGCAAACCAGAAAACACAUUGAUGCAUUAUCCUAUGAAGAUUCAUUAACUGAUAAAGUCUUGGAAAAGACAUUUGUCACAUUGGCCAAAGACCAAACUAAAGCUCGUGUUGAACCUGCAUUGAGGGUCCCUACAAACACCGGUAACAUGUACACAGCAUCAGCUUGGGCAUCGCUUGCAUCAACCAUUUACUACACCACCAAGAAUGGUGAAAAUUUGCAAAACAAGAGAAUUGGAAUUUUCUCCUAUGGUUCAGGAUUGGCAUCAACUUUAUUGUCAGUGGUUAUAAAGGGAGAUGUCUCUAAAAUCACCGAGGUGUUGAACUUUGAUUACAAGUUGGGAGAAGGACGUAAGAUUGAAUCUCCACAAGCUUAUGUCGAUGCAAUUGGAUUGAGAGAAGAUGCGCAUUUGCAAAAGAGUUUCAAACCAAAGGGGUCAAUUGAUAAUUUGCCAGUUGGAACUUAUUAUUUAUUGGAGGUUGAUGACAAGUAUAGAAGGAAGUAUGGUGUUAAAGAGUAA